AUGGCGGCGUUGGAGCAGAGGGGGAGCCAGCCGGAGAGGCCAUGCUCAGCUCCUGCUCCUCCAGCCGCCGGCUCGGGACUGCUCAGCAGGCGGCACAAGGCUCCAUCCGGCGGCUCUUACCUGCUGGGGGGGUCGGCGAUGCGGGCAGGGCUGCCGCGGCUGCUGCCCCUUGAGAUGCAGAGCUGA